AUGUGCCACUUUCAGGUCUCCUCACACUGCUGGUGGGUUCCAUUUUGUCAUAGGGUGCUGGUGCUGUAUGGCCUUCCAUUGCUGCUGCCUCCACCGCCACCCUGCGCCAUGUGCCUCUGUCGUCUGCUCACGCUGCUGACGGCUUUUCCGCUUUUUAACCGAGGCCUGGUGUGUUUGGCUUCCGAAUACUGCUGCCUCCACCGCCACCCUGCGCCUUGUGCCUAUGUCGUCUGCUCACGCUGCUGACGGCUUCCGCUUUUUAACCGAGGCCUGUGUUUUGGCUUCCGAAUACUGCUGCAUCCACCGCCACCCUGCGCCAUGUGUCUCUG